CAGCGAGACGGGAAGCCAAAGUGGUCAAAGUUAAAGUGGUCCCUGGGCAAUAAGGGGACCAGCGUGCACGCCAACACAUGCGCAACAGACACACACGCUAGUGAGUCACAAGCGCGCACGGCAGAUCUGCGCCCGGAGACGAUUUGAGCGCGCUCGCUAUUCAAGUCAUGGACGGCAGCGAGCUGGGGGACCAUUAGGAGCCGCUGGCAGAAAGCCGCUUUAUUUGCAACACACGGACGUUGCAGCCUAAACCGCGCGGACUGGACCCACGCUGCCUGACAAGCGGAAUUAUCACCGAUGUGAUCAAUAAACCGAACGGCUUUGACGGGUAGGGAUGAAAAAUCUCACCCUGUACAAUCUUCCCCAUUUUACUUGACAGAAACGCUGUGUGCCAUAUGCUCUGCGAAUUUCAGAGCAGCCUAUGGCAAGCCAUUUGUCCUGAUGCGGAGCGUCUGAUGGUUGCAGUGGGACGGAUAUCCUCAAUUUUAUCCAAUAGGCAUUCUAAGGUUUUUCUGUGUUGGACGCUUUUUUUUCUCCAUCUCUCGCUGCGCUGACCUUAUUCACAAGGCUUUAAAUAGGUAAACGUUGACUGCCAUGCAGUAAUGAACAUCUGACUUGGGAAAGCCAUUGACUGACAGUUUUUUUUUCCACUUUAUUUUUUUGUCUGUCUGUUUUUCUUUUUCUUUUGGCAAAAUUUUAUUUUUGUGGAUUCGCCUGGGAGGCUGUUUUAGGGUGAGAAGCGGCCUGUAUAUGGACUUCACUCCCCCUUUUUUUAAAAAAACAAAAAAACAACAACAAAAAAUAAAAAAUAAAAAAAAAACUCUGCAGGAUUUUCCUCCUCCUCGGUCCAGAGGAAUACCUUCAAGUCCGGGAGGCUACUGCUUCUCCUCUGUGGGUUUAGAAUGGUGACCGCACCGCAGAUGAACGCAACUCUCAGAGUGUUUGGCGUUUUUCGCAGGCGAGCAUCUUGACUUGUGAUCGAGAGAGACGCGGACUGCAGCAGCCUCCAGCCCCCCUUUUCACAUGGAGAUUUGUGUCUCGGUGGUACUGCAAAUCUUGAAAACGUGGACGGGGGCCCUGAUGAAUUUUCCUGCUCUGCUCUCGCCCUCGAGUUCUUUUAUUCGAAAAAAUGCGGAAGCCUAACACCAGAUGAACUAUGAAUGCGGAACACAAUGAUCUACUCCCUCCAACGCCAGACAAUGAGAGGUCGUAGGCUGAAGGGGGCACUGUCCAACCCCCUUUUUGUGGUGCUUUUGGCUCUUCAGAUACUGGUGGUGGCUGGACUAGUUCGUGCUCAGACCUGUCCUUCUGUCUGCUCAUGUAGUAACCAGUUCAGCAAAGUCAUCUGCACACGCCGUGGUCUACGGGAUGUCCCAGAUGGCAUUUCUACCAAUACUCGGUACCUGAAUCUUCAGGACAACCUAAUUCAGGUGAUCAAGGUAGACAGUUUCAAGCAUCUACGCCAUCUGGAGAUUUUGCAACUCAGCAAGAAUCAUAUCCGCAGCAUUGAAAUUGGUGCUUUUAAUGGGCUGGCAAGUCUGAACACAUUAGAACUCUUUGAUAAUCGACUUACGACAAUUCCCAAUGGAGCAUUUGAGUACUUGUCCAAACUUAAAGAACUCUGGCUACGGAACAAUCCCAUUGAAAGUAUACCAUCUUAUGCCUUCAACCGGGUUCCUUCACUUCGAAGGCUAGAUCUAGGGGAGCUCAAACGUCUCUCCUACAUUUCUGAUGGAGCUUUUAAGGACUUGACCAACCUGCGCUACCUGAACUUGGGAAUGUGCAACCUCAAAGAGAUCCCUAAUAUCAUACCUUUAAUUAGGCUCGAAGAGCUAGAAAUGUCGGGAAACCAGUUGUCUGUCAUUAAGCCCAGUUCAUUUACAGGUUUAGUGAGCCUUCAAAAGCUGUGGAUGAUGCAUGCCCAGAUCCAAACCAUUGAGAGAAAUUCCUUUGAUGAUCUUCAGUCACUGGUGGAACUCAAUCUGGCUCACAACAAUCUGACCUUUUUGCCACAUGACCUCUUUACGCCAUUGCAUCGUCUGGAAAGAGUGCACCUCCAUCACAACCCUUGGAACUGCAACUGUGAUAUUUUGUGGCUCAGCUGGUGGCUUAAGGAAACUGUGCCUGCCAAUACUAGUUGCUGUGCUCGUUGUCAUUCUCCUUCAACCUUUAGAGGUCGUUAUAUUGGGGAACUGGACCACAGCUACUUCCAGUGUGAUGUUCCUGUUAUUGUGGAGCCCCCCAGUGACCUGAAUGUGACAGAAGGCAUGGGUGCUGAACUUAAAUGCCGUACAAGCUCGCUGACAUCCAUCAGCUGGCUCACACCAAAUGGCUCUUUGAUAACACAUGGGGCUUAUAAGGUACGGUUGUCUGUACUCAAUGAUGGGACAUUAAAUUUUACUAGCGUAACAAUGCAGGACACUGGAACGUACACUUGUAUGGUUAGCAACACAGCAGGAAACAUUACUGCUUCUGCAGUCCUUAAUGUCACUGCAGUGGAAAACAAUGGAGUUACCUAUUUUACCACAGUCACUGUGGAAACCAUUGAGACCCCCUUUGAUGACAGUCAAACACCACUGCCCCCAUAUGGCUGGGUACCAUCCUCUACCACAAAGGGUAUGCCCGUUUUAACAAGGACCACAGAACGGACUUACACCAUACCAAUUCUUAAUGGAGAUGGAGAAGGGGCCCUCAAUGGUCUGGAUGAGGUGAUGAAAACCACCAAGAUUAUCAUUGGCUGUUUCGUAGCCAUUACACUCAUGGCCGCUGUUCUGCUGGUUAUUUUCUACAAGAUGAGGAAGCAGCAUAACCAACAGGACCCUGAUGGUCCUGCCUCGUCCAUGGAAGUCAUUACUGUUGAAGAAGAGCUUGCAGGUGUUGCUGCUAUGGAGAGACACCUAUCGCUCCCCCCAUUGGAGCACUACAACCACUACAACACGUACAAGAGCACUUAUCACCACCCUCCAAUGCUCAGUACCAUACACAGCUCGGCCACACAAGAACCUUUACUGAUUCAAGCUUGUUCAAAAGACAAUGUCCAAGAAACCCAAAUCUGACCUUAAGAUUGACUACAUAUCCAGUAUUGCCAGUCUACAACUGGAAUACAAUGGACCAAAACUUUAAAAAAUAAAAGAAUAAAAUGCCGUUGACUUGACAGUUGAUCUUGACGGCAUUCAAUCAGUGUUUGGCAAAGAGACAACUUGAAACUUUGAAAAGGGUCUUUACAAAAACAAAAGUUAUUUAUUAAAAAUGUCUAGUGGCUAAAUGAAAAAAAAAACAGUUUGUGAUAGCUUUUUAGCUCAUUUUUUCUCUCUUUCUCUCUGUGUGAUACUGCUCAAGGGAAAGAAUGGUUUAUUAAAUGUGAAUCUGAGCUGGAUGAUAUGCAGCUURUGAAACUACAGCAGAUUUUGGCCUAGUGUGCAAAUGUUUCUGAUUCCAUUAACCUGUUAUUUGUUGAAGGACAUUGCUGUGUCCAAAAUGGAGGAAGCUUACAAGACAUAAAACAAAACAACUGCGGUGUUAUUUUCCUAACCAUCAUAUUCCAGCUGUCACUCACGAUGAGAUUAGAUCUUUUAAUGACACAGCUCUGGUUUAUAUCACCGUGGAACCAGCAUGCCUGCAGAGCAAAGCUGCCAAAUGAGUAAAUGUGCAUUUCCCCUGUGGCUCCUAAACAACAGCCAUACAUCCUUUGCUUUAAUUAAGAUUAAGGUCUCGCUCCCACUCUGCCUCCUCACAUUUCUCUAGACUUCAUACCCUUAAUCAUUUUCCUUCUGUUCCUCCUCUGUUCUUUUAUCGCUAAAUUAUCCAUUUUCCCUGGUCAACAUUUGCCCUGUUUUCACUCCUCUAGUUUGUGUGAUUGCCUUUCUGUCAUUGAGCUUUGGCAUGUUCUUCACCCCGUUCUCAUCUCUCAUUUGUCUUGCUUUGUCUGCAUACGUGUGCUGCACAACGGCAAAAUGUUUCUUAGGAAAAUGAAGGGUAACAUAAGGUUGUGGUCUGCAGCCUCCCUGUUAACCUGGUAAUGAUCUACAUCCACUCGGUGUCGCGCCACCUUGCCGUCACCCCAGGGUCACGAGAGCUCAGGCGCUGAUAGUCCAUCUGUUAGUUCGGAUAAAAAGGCAAAUGAGGCUGGUUUGUAAUGUAGUGUGACCCUGUCAGACAAACAGGGGUAGCACAGUCAGUGAAGCAGCUAGGAACCUSCAACAAACUAAGAAAAGUUGUGUUAUAGCUCAUUAAUCUGUAUCAGCAGUUCAUUUCCGGACUAAUAGAGGAAAGCUGAUAAGAAAACAGCAGGAGACUUUGUGGCUGACAUCUUACAGAGGGUAGAGGGCUUUGAUAUUGAUGCGACCCCUGCUCAGUCUCAUUUUUGGCAGAGAAAAAACUCACAGACACUUUGAUGUCACACCAUUUAUAGACCAUCAAAACAUUGUCUCUCCCCCUGUCUAUUUACAUGCUGCGGUUUUCAUUUAGUCUUAGAAUAGGAGGCUUAAGGAAGUGAAUAAUAGGAGUGAAAAGGAAAGAGCAGUGUUUGGGGUAGAGGCGAGAGGCGAGCAGUCAUGGGGGGCUCUUAUCAACAGUGGUCAUGAAAGGUCUUCAAACACUGAUAUUGCACAUAUGAUGGGGGAGAAGUAAAAAAUAGAUAAGAAAUAAGGAGGCAAACUAGCCAUCAGCCUGUCGCCAUGGAAACAGUGACCUUAUGUGGAGAGUAAGAGGAGGUAGACAUGCCUUUUGCUUUGGUCUCUGUGCAACAAGCAUAUUUUAAUUUCCCACUGGCAAAUUYGCAAUUUGGGCCAAUUAUUAACCAACCUGGCUUAAUGGAAUGUACGUUUACUGCUGGGUUUGGUGGGAUUUGACUCACAGUACAUUGUACUAAGAACAGGUUGCAGUGUCACUGAUUGUUACUUCCAAACAAAUCAUGUCAGAAUAGCAAAAAAAAAGGUCCUUGAUGUCCAGUCACGAAAUUUAAAUUUCUGGGAAUUUUCCAAAAAAGUAGGGUCAAAAUUAUUCAUAUAGUUGACAGAAUUGAUUAAAAAAUAAUUUCUUAAUUCAACCAACAUGUUUUUGCUGACUGGAGCUAAUGAACAUUCUGGAGUGAUCCAAGAGGAGUCUCUAUUGGAACAAAAUACUGGCAAGGUAUACUUGGAACUUAUUGCCAAACAUGAAUAAUCAAAAAACACCAGUAGCUGGUCAAUGGUUAUUAGAGGAUUUUUUGCUGCAAUGCCAAUAAAGGCUUUUCCAUUAAUUAAUUAAUUAAGCAGUGUAUUUUUUCCUUUAAGGAAAGAGUUAAUUUUUAAUAUACCCCUUGAAAAAUGUCUUACUAUAGUUUGGGGAAAUAUUUUUUUCUCAUCAAACAAAAUUUCUGAAUUAAAUCAUUUGAAAUCUUUUUGCCAGCACCAUAAAUAAUUUUGAGCUGUACGACUACGUGUUCUUGGAUUUUACACUAGAAUAACAACUCAAACAGAAGUAAAAUUAGCAGCUUUUGCCUUUGCAGCCACUCCAGAUGUAAAUGCAUGUCAGACCUGAGUAGCUGAACCAGGAACUACUCACUGCAGCUCUUCACUUUGGAUGACAAGAAUGGUGCUCUUCAGAGUAAGGACAACAAAUAAACCAUUCUUUCCCUUUUCACUCUUUUCUUUUAUCAAAUGCUCAAUUCCUUUUCAAUGCUUUUGGUGGAUUAAUGAUUCAAUGUUGAUGCUGGCUACUGUAAAAAAAAGAUUCAGAUUUUUUAUAUAUAUUUGGAGCUUGUGAGUUUUUCAGAAUGAAUGGGAAAUCUGUGUAUUGGUAGUCGCUUUUGGCAGGAUGGCUUAUCUAGAAAGAUAUUUGAUUGCUGGGAUGGAAUUGAAUGAAGACUGUCGAGCAGAAUGUUGGACUYGACGUACCAGCAGACUAAGUUUGUUUUUUGCGCAAACCCCCAGCCAAGGUGAUCAAAUUCUUGUGUGUAAUUCUGCCAACUGUCCAUAUAUGGGGAGGGUUAUCGUGUGUGGGGACAUCUCUCAUUUUUUGGAGAGGAAAAUCAUCACAUGGCUAAAUUUCUACAGAAAAAAAAUAUUUUCAAAAACAUAAUGCAAAAAAAAAAAAUCUUAUGAUCAUAAUUUUACAUGUGCUCCAAGUUGUUAAAAAAAGACAAAAAGCAAAACAAAAACAAGAAAAAAAGAGUGCUUGUAUGGAGUCCAAAUAAUUUCACUAAGGAUGAUGUUCAAUAUUGAUACCUGAGAUUGUAGUUCAUACUGUACAUGAAUACAAAUAAAAAAACGGCAAUUCUCUUUUUUCUAUA